CUGUGAGUCUAUAAAACAGGGGGAGACCAUCACAAACAGAUUCUUUGCAAAAAAAAAAAAAAGUAUCCUUUUCCUAGCAAAAAAAAACAACAACAAAUUUGUGUGUCAUAAAAUGUACAAGCUAGUAACUCUACUUGUAGCAGCUUUUGCUUUUUGUGACACAGCGAAUGUAGCCAAGAGAGAUGAGCAGUGCACUGGGUUGUUACAGUGUGCUUCUUACCUGUCGGACUUAGAAACAUCCAGCUUUGGUUCCUUACCAGAUGAAGAACAAUACGAACAACUAUGUCGGAAGAACGAUGACCUACAAAAGUGUUUUGACGACAACAAAGAUGACUGCGAAGAUAAUACUUUCUUAAACAUGGUCAUGAGAGGAGCUGAGGCGUUAAAUUUCAUUUGUUCCGAAGAGGGCAAAGAAGGACUAGAUUCCAUCUCAGACUCUCCAUGUGUCAACGAUCAAAACGCUCUCUUAUCAGCCCAAGAAGGAAUGGGCGAGUGCGUGCAAAAUUUCCAGCUUGAGUUGCAGUUGGCUACUUUUACCGCCUUGUCUAAUGACGAAGGGAUGGAGUCAGUCAAUGUCUGUUCCUACUUAGAUCAACUGAGAAUUUGCACUUUAGGAACACUGGAAAAUCAUUGUGGCCAAAACUUUGGCAACUUUGCUAAAAGACUUGUGGACAUUUACUACCAGCCUGUUGCUGAUCAGAUAGGCUGUGGUCAACAAGCUCGUCAGAUCCGUACUCUGAAAUCGAGACUCGUUCCCUUGAUCAUCUCUGGUGUCAGAAGAAGACGUUAAAUGUCGACCAGCUUCACGGUUAAAACAAAUCUCAUGAUGUCCAAGAUUUUAAAAAAAUAUGACUUUGUAAAAAUAUUCCUUUUUAACUGUGUUUAGUAUAUUUUAAAAAUAAUCUUUUUAUUUAUUUUAAUCAAGGAAUAAAAUUUUGAUAGUUCAAUAA